CAAUGUCACAUGGGUAUUAUGUGACGCCGGACCCGAGAGAAAUAGACAAACAAACAAACAAACUCUGUAUUGUAUAGAAAGAGGAAGAGAAAGGCAAAUAGCACUGCUUGUGUCUGUACAUAUUUCUAUGUCCUUGCCUCAGUUCUUACUUUUGGAUUUUUGAGUUUUUGAAAAGGGCUGUUGUCAAUCGGAUAAAAGGAAAAAAAAAAAAAAAAAAAAGGGUGGUUAUAGUCUUAGUGAGAAAGAGUGAUAUGAAAACUUCAGAGGGUUUUGGUAAAAAAAGUUGAAAUACUUAAAAGGGUUUUGAGUGUGAAGAAAGAGAGAAUAGAGAUGGAGGGUGAGAAGGGAUUGAUGGAAGCAGCAGGUCCAUCAUCAACAAAAGAUUGUGGUGUUGUUAGUGAGAAACAAGAAAUUAGGCAAGAGGAAAUGGCAGAGAAUCUACGAGCUGAAGAAGCUGUUAUUGAUGAUGUUGGUGAUGAUGAUGAUGAUAAUGAGGAAGAGGAGGAGAUUACUAAUGGAGUUCCUGUUACUGGUUUUGUACCUGGCCCUUUGCUCUCUCUCAAGGAUCAGAUUGACAAAGACAAGGAUGAUGAUAGCUUAAGGAGGUGGAAAGAGAAGCUGCUUGGUUGCGUUGAAAGCGAGUUAAAUGGCCAAAUGGAACCCGAAGUGAAAUUUCACUCUAUAGGAAUUAUAUCCAAUGAUCUUGGAGAAAUCAAUACUCCCUUGCCUGUUGAUGCAAAUCGGAGUGGACGUCUCCUUUUUACUCUCAAAGAAGGAUCUAGAUAUCAGCUUAAGUUAACAUUCAGUGUUUUGCACAACAUUGUUUCUGGCCUAACCUACUCGAAUACGGUUUGGAAGGGUGGACUCCAAGUUGAUAAAAACAAAGGAAUGUUGGGUACUUUUGCUCCUCAGCGCGAGCCGUAUGUGCAUACUUUGGAGGAGGAGACUACUCCUUCCGGUGUGCUAGCAAGGGGAAGUUACUCGGCAAAGCUUAAGUUUGAAGAUGAUGACAGAAGAUGUCAUAUGGAACUCAAGUAUUCCUUUGAGAUCAAAAAGAACAAGUGAUCUGUUGUGCUGUCACGGAUGCUUCUGUUCUAUCUUUUCCCUAUGAACUGCCACAGAUUUUCUUGAAUCUGUAGCAUUGAGAUUGGCGUGUAUAUGCGAGGGAAAAGAUCAUCUUCCUUUCCAAUUCUGUCAGGCAACUUUGAACCUCAUUUCCCCAAUGCCUUACAUUUUGCGAUUCUAUAAAUGAGAAACUCUGUAUUCUUUUGUGGAGAGUGAA